AUGAAUCAAUUAGUAAAACCAAAGCUAUUUAUUGCACCAGAAUUAUUACUUUAUAUAGAAGUGUUUCAAGUGUAUAGAGAAUUUCAAAGUAUGCUCUAUAGUCUAAGCUUUAUAAUCUAUGAUAAUUAUUUUGAUUUGAAUGAAGAAAAUAAUUUACUUUUACUAGAAUUACAAUAUAUAUCAGUUGAUCAAAGUAAUCAAAUAGAAACUGAAGACAAUAACAAUGAAACUAGAAAUAUCAUUCAUUGGUGCUUUGAGUAUGAAUACUCUGGAAAUUUAAAACAAAACAUAAUAUUGAUUAUACUUAAGCUUAACAAAUAUCUUCAAAAAAAACAUAGUACCUAUAGCAAUGCAAUACUAGCUACAAAAAAAACCAAACAAAAAAUUUACAUUAAUAAACUUAUUGAAGAGCAUAAUUAUAGUCUUAUACCAUAUCAUGAGGAAUUUGCACUAUCUUUGCAAUAA